ACUUGAUCAAGGUUUUCAAUAUUCUUGAGCAAUUUAGAUGGAGAUUGGCAGUUCAUCAGGUUAUUUGAAUGGUUCCAUACUUCCGUUGCUUGAUCUUGGUUUGGAAUUUUACAAAUGGCUUAUACCCAUGAGACUCAAUGGAAGGAGCAAUAGCUGGUCCGACAUCGAAGAAAUAUUCAUAGCUCCAGAUUUGACAUGGCUCUCGGUAGUAUUUUAUGCUCUGCCGAACUCAAGGGGACAGGGGUUGUCUGCUUUUGUUUUAGAGCUUCAAAAUGCUUUGAUGGGUCAUUCCAGCCAUUCGUUGUAUUUGUUUCUGCAAGUUUUCAAACAUUUUUUUUUCACAGUUAAAUCACUUGUAAUCACCCCUGUACACGAUGAUUUCUAUCGAGUAUUCUUGCAGCUGGCUGAAUUGCUACGCAAAAUGUUGUCCUCUUUUUUAAACUCCUUUCGAUGGUUUCACCAAAGAAGUCAGCGGGUCGCCUUGGUUGCAGGGAAGGGAAGGCCUCAAUAUUCAGCUAAGAAGGCCCACACCGUUAUCUGCAAGUAAAAAGUUUGUUAGGAAACGGCGCUGUUUCAACUAGAUGGAUCGGUGGACAUGAAUUAAAAAGCAGGCA